AUGCGUGUAGAGAAGUGCUACUUCUGCUCGAAAAGCGUCUACCCAGGACAUGGGAGCGCAUUUGUCCGGAACGACGCGAAGGUCUUCCGGUUUUGCAGCUCAAAAUGCAACAAAAACUUUAAGAUGAAGCGUAACCCGAGGAAGGUACGCUGGACGAAGGCAUUCCGGAAGGCUGCGGGUAAAGAGAUGACAGUCGAUUCGACGAUCGAGUUCGAGAAGAGGAGAAACGUCCCUGUACGCUACAACCGUGAGCUAGUGGAGACGACGGUGAAGGCGAUGAAGAGGAUAGCGGAGAUCAAGCAGAAGCGGGAGCAUGCAUUCUGGAAGAACAGGAUGGCUGUCGCGCGGGAGAAGCUCAAGGCGCACAGAAAGCGCAAGCUCGAGAAGACCUCCGUCAAGCUUGUCCAGCCCAUUACACCCCAGGCCGAGAAGGUCAAGGAGAAGAUCAAGGUCGCAGUCAAGACACGGAGCGCACUCGUUGCUGGCGAGGGUCGGUCAAUGGGCAUGGAGAUCGACUGA